AUGGAAAUUGAGUGUGACUACAAAGAUAUUCUUGAUACAAUUUCUGAUGCAAAUGAUGCUCGAAAUGUUGUCCAUUACGCUCAGUGCGCGAGCAUAAUCGCGAUAUUUCAAAGAACAUCGGUGUCCAGAGGUCAGUUGAGGAUCCAAGGUGUCGCGACCUGCCUGUACCUGUGCAUGGAUUCCUGUGGUCUUCUUUACGGCUCGCGCGACUACACAGACGACUGCGUGUUCAACGAGACCCUCGAGCAGCACAACUACAACACGUACAGUUCGGCGAAAUGGUCGACGACGAAGAAGACCCUGUACCUCGGUCUGAAUCGUCGCGGCCAGCCGAGGAGGGUACAGGCCAAGGGUCACAACCUGGGCAGACUGUCCGCCUACGCGAGAGUGUUGACUCAGGUCGCUCCGUUGGAGCGAGUAGAGUCGCUUCAAAGGCGGAUGUUGGGCGCCCAUCACAAUGUCCGACAUCGACACAACAGCCAUCGAGGGGACCUGAUACAACAGUCGCUCUGCCCCACUCUUCCUGUCCAGGAAAAGGACGGCAGAGACAAGUUCAGGUGUCGCAAACGAAAGAAGAGGAAGAAGAGGAAGCGACGGUGCAAACCGGGCGAGAAGCCCGGACCGCAGUGCCAAAUCGUCGAGGAGAUAGUGGAGCUCGAGGGGCCCAGAAGCGAGGGUCAGCGCUCGAACGGUACUUCCCCGGAGUCGAAGAGAUCCUGCGAGGGCGCGGCGAGCGACGAGGCCUGUCGAAGGGAGGCCCUGUCGGUCCCGUCCAAGAAGCGGAAGCUGCGGGUAGACGAGACGAUCGACGGACGGAACGUCACCGGGAGCAACGGUAAGAGCAAACCACCAGCGUCAAAUGCAAACAAAGUAAGCGUCGCUGGCAGCAUGAGUCAGAGUAAAAAGCCUAAUUUGACGGACGGGAAGAAGAAAAAGAAAAAGGGACCGCCGGCGAGGAGGAAGCCAGAGGCUCUGGGCCGCAAGAGGUUCAAUGGCAGAACGGACAACACGUAUGCGGCGCGCACGGCAACCUCCGUACCGACCUACGCAACGUCAUCCUCCUCUUGGUGGUCUCCUGGUGCGUCAACCGGCCCUUCAGGGAGAGGAGCCUCCCCUAAACGCAGGACCAAGCAACCGUCCUCCGCGAGGAACAAGUUCGCCGCCGCGAACAACGCGGCACCUCGCCGAGUAGGGAAAUCAUUCGCGAGAAAUCGUACCAAGACGAUAGACCGUGGCUCUGUCGCGAACGCGUACGACACGACGACCAUAAUCCCCGACCGAACCACUCAACCAGCGACCGUCAAAGUUCCUGAGACCGUUUCCGAUCGAUCCUCUCGCACCUCCUUCGAGGACGCCUCGAGGUCGUUGUCCGAGUUUUCCUCACCCAUCGACGAAGAACCGUCUUCGACACUUUCGAACGAACACGCGACUACCACGAUAGAUUCGACCUUGGCCACCUCGAUCGAAGGCACGUCGACGACGUUCAGGCCGACGGAGGACGAGUCUAGGUCGCUCGAGGACGAUCCAGACGACACCGACAGGUUCGAUACGCCGGAAACUAUACAGCCGACCACCCCGGUGGCCUCGAUCGAGGGCCUGGCCAUGUGA